GUUUUUCUUCUCAGAGCUCGCCUUGUUCUCUUUUCCACUCUCUGUCUUGACGGAAGGAGCCGGCGGCUUUCCAACCUGGGGACCGGUGGGGCCACCUGCAGGAGGGCCAGGCGUCGCGGCCGCGGUGGCGCGAAGACUGCGAGGGGCCCAGUUUUGGGUCCGCAGUCUCUGAGCCGGCCCCUUCCCGGGACCCAGCGGAACCACCGCUGGGGACCCCGGAGAAAGGAGCCCCGGGCGCCCGAGGCCUGGUCUAUGCGUGGAGGGAGCCGGAGGGCAGGUGUCGUGGUGAACACUUGAGUCCGCAGGGAGCCAGCGCCGGGAGGAUGGGGUGUCCCCGGAGCGUUGGAUGAUGUGAGAUUGGGUUGCAGUGAUGUCGACUCUGUGCCCACCACCAUCUCCAGCUGUUGCCAAGACAGAGAUUGCUUUAAGUGGUGAAUCACCCUUGUUAGCAGCCACCUUUGCUUACUGGGACAAUAUUCUUGGUCCUAGAGUGAGGCACAUUUGGGCUCCAAAGACAGAACAAGUACUUCUCAGUGAUGGAGAAAUAACUUUUCUUGCCAACCACACCCUAAAUGGAGAGAUUCUACGAAAUGCAGAGAGUGGGGCAAUAGAUGUAAAGUUUUUCGUUUUGUCUGAAAAAGGAGUAAUUAUUGUUUCCUUAAUCUUUGAUGGAAAUUGGAACGGAGAUCGAAGUACUUAUGGAUUGUCGAUUAUACUUCCACAAACGGAACUUAGUUUCUACCUUCCCCUUCACAGAGUGUGUGUUGACAGACUAACACACAUUAUUCGGAAAGGAAGGAUAUGGAUGCAUAAGGAAAGGCAAGAAAAUGUCCAGAAGAUUGUCUUAGAAGGCUCAGAGAGGAUGGAAGAUCAGGGUCAGAGUAUUAUUCCAAUGCUUACUGGGGAAGUCAUUCCUGUGAUGGAACUGCUUUCAUCUAUGAAAUCACAUAGUGUUCCUGAAGAAAUAGAUAUAGCUGAUACAGUGCUGAAUGAUGAUGACAUCGGUGACAGCUGUCAUGAAGGCUUUCUUCUCAAUGCCAUCAGCUCACACUUGCAAACCUGUGGCUGUUCUGUUGUUGUAGGUAGCAGUGCAGACAAAGUAAAUAAGAUAGUAAGAACAUUAUGCCUUUUUCUAACUCCAGCAGAGAGAAAAUGCUCCAGAUUAUGUGAAGCAGAAUCACCAUUUAAAUAUGAGUCAGGGCUGUUUGUACAAGGUCUGCUAAAGGAUUCAACUGGAAGCUUUGUACUACCCUUCCGACAAGUCAUGUAUGCUCCGUACCCCACCACACACAUAGAUGUGGAUGUCAAUACUGUCAAGCAGAUGCCACCCUGUCACGAACAUAUCUACAAUCAGCGGAGAUAUAUGAGGUCAGAGCUGACAGCAUUCUGGAGAGCCACUUCAGAAGAAGACAUGGCUCAGGACACGAUCAUCUACACAGACGAAAGCUUCACUCCUGACCUGAAUAUUUUUCAAGAUGUCUUACACAGAGACACUCUAGUAAAAGCCUUCCUGGAUCAGGUCUUCCAUCUGAAGCCUGGCUUAGCCCUCAGAAGCACUUUCCUUGCGCAGUUUCUCCUCGUCCUUCACAGGAAAGCCUUGACGCUAAUCAAGUAUAUAGAAGACGAUACGCAGAAGGGGAAGAAACCCUUUAAAUCUCUUCGGAACCUGAAGAUAGACCUUGAUCUAACAGCAGAGGGCGAUCUUAACAUAAUAAUGGCUCUGGCUGAGAAAAUUAAACCUGGCCUGCAUUCCUUUAUCUUUGGAAGACCUUUCUAUACUAGUGUACAAGAAAGAGAUGUUCUGAUGACCUUUUAAUGUGUCCUUUGUUAAGCGUAUUUCAUCACAAUCAUGAUUGCUGUUACAGUAGCCAGUGGUGUGGAAGCAUCACUGUCCCUGGUCACCUCGGAAUCCUCAGCAGUUAAUGUUACUUUCACUACAGUUUCACGGAGCCACAAUAGGGAAUGGUGCAUUUUAUACUGAAUGUUUUUUUCGUGUACAUGCUCUUUUGAGAUUUACGUUUACAGUUAGUAAGUAUUAUUGCUAUCUCUUAUAGAUACAAUAAACUUGACCACAACUACUAUUUUUUUAAUAUUUAUGAUUCAUACAUUUACGUGUAUCAAGGUGAAAUCUGACUUAGCCUUUACAGGAUAAUACUAGUUCAAUUUCCAUCCUUUAUUAUUUCUUGGUGUGUAAGAUUACUGUAAUACCUUUGCAGUCAACUGAAAAUUAGAGUAUUUGAAGUUUUCAGUUUCACAAAAAGAACCGAAAUAUCUUGAAUAUAAUUUAGGUUUUAGGAAGAAGAUAUUGAGGAAACAGAUUUUUUAAUUAAAAUUAAUUAUUGUCCUGCUUAGUCCAUAGAAUUCAGACUAUGUAGAAGUGUCAGCCAGCUGUGUGUAGCCAGUGAUCAUGGUGAACUACAAUAUAUUUUUUCUUUAUUGUUGUCAAUAUCCUAUAGUUGGGCAAUAGCUAAAAAUACAGGAAAUUGAAUUUUAUUUUAGUUAUUUUCAACUCUUAAAAAUCAUUGUCAUUAUUUUUGAGCCAAAUUGAAAUGUGUGCCUCCUGUGCCUUUUUCCCCUUAGAAAACUGAAUUUAUAAUUAUUCAGAAGAAAUUAAGAUUUCACUGGUUAGUCAUUUCCAUCUUAUUUCCCUCUCGGAGAACGCACUGUGUGCCUAAUUUGGCACUAAGCUUGUAACUCCGAGACUAUAAAAUUCAUCAGAGAAUACACAUAUAAGGUCUUUUGAGAACAGAAAGAUUUCUCUCUUCUUUCCUAUAUUCUGCCUAUAUUUUUGAAGUUACUGCAAUAUUGCCUGUAUCACUUAAGAACUGCAGGACAAACUUUACUGAAGUAUUCUUUUCCUGGGUUGCUAUACUGGCAGAAUUAAAGGGUCCAUUUCUUUGGUUUCUUUACUAAGUUUGGACUUUUUUUUUUUUUGGCGAUCAAAUACUUGAUUAAGGUAAUUCUGUGCUUAAGACUAUAUUGCUAUAGGAGUGUACACAAAUACAGAUGUUUAUUUAAAACUGAAAGUAAUAUGUAAGGGAAAACAUUUGUAAAAAGGAUAAAAGUGAUAGAGCCUUUCUGCCCUCGCCUACCAAGUUUAACAAGAAAGACAUGUUCUAUUCUGAAGGACACAUAAUAAUUUCACAUCAUGAAUCAGAAAGAUUUAGACAUCUUAGUUUUGGGUUACACAUUGAACAUAAAAUGUUCAGUCAUAAAAUAUAUGUAGAAAUGUUCUCUGUCAUAAAAUACAUGUAGAUACUACUGUUUAAUAUCUCACAGUCAGUGCUUUUUACAUAACAGAUUCUAAGUGCUAAUUAUCGUCUUUUGCUGGUUUAUUAUAUUAUUAAAUAGAAUAUAAAUUGUACAGUGAAAUAAGUUAUUAAAGCACGUGUAAACAUUGUUAUAUAUAUCUUUUCUCUUAGAUGGAGAAUUUUAAAUAAAAUAUCUUUGAAAGUU